AUCUGUGUUUAUGCUUGUGUAUGCAUUCCAGUUUCCAAUGAAAACAAUUUAAAAAUGGACCCUCUAUUUCUUGCAUAUAGCUACUUCAGAAGACGAAAAUACCAACAAUGUGUUGAUAUUUGUACACAACUGUUGGAGAAGAAUCCUUACGACCAGGCUGCAUGGACACUGAAAACACGAGCAUUGACUGGUCAGGUGUAUGUGGAUGAAGUUGACUGGGAUGAAGAAGGUAUUGCUGAAAUGUUAAUGGAUGAUAAUGUAACAGCUCAGGUGGCAAGGCCUGGCACAUCCCUCCGUCAGCCAGGUCAGGGUCAGGGAGCGGUCAGUCAGGGAGUCAGGCCCAUGUCACAGUCUGGUAGACCUGUUACUGGUUUUGCGAGGCCUGGUACCCAGUCAGGUAGACCAGGAACCAUGGAACAGGCAAUUAGAACUCCACGUACAGCUCACACUGCAAGGCCAGUGACCAGUGCUUCAGGCAGAUAUGUCAGAUUGGGAACUGCUUCAAUGUUGUCGACACCUGAUGGACCGUUCAUUAAUCUUGCACGAAUCAACAUGACCAAAUAUGCGGCAAGACCUGGACUUGCAAAAGCACUGUUUGAGUACAUAUUUCACCAUGAAAAUGAUGUCAGAAACGCUUUAGAACUGGCAGCGCUGGCAACUGAAGCAAGUCAGUUUAAAGAUUGGUGGUGGAAAGUACAACUUGCAAAAUGUUAUUACAGAUUGGGAAUGUAUCGUGAUGCAGAACAGCAACUGAAAUCUUCACUGAAACACCAGGAUAUGAUUGACACGUACCUGUACCUGUGUAAAGUUUAUAUACGACUGGACCAGCCUCUUACAGCUGUAGACUUAUAUAAACAAGGGCUGGAGAAGUUCCAGGGAGAAACUAGUCUGAUGGCGGGCAUUGCUAGAAUUUAUGAGGGUCUGAAUGAGAUGGACAAUGCAGUGAAGUUUUACAAAGAUGUAUUGAGAUUUGACAACAUGCAUGUGGAAGCAAUAGCCUGUAUAGCAACCCAUCAUUUUUACACAGACCAACCUGAAGUUGCUCUCAAAUUUUAUAGACGGUUGUUACAGAUGGGUGUAUACAAUGCAGAGUUAUUCAAUAACCUUGGUUUAUGUUGCUUUUAUGCUCAGCAGUAUGACAUGACAUUAACAUGUUUUGAAAGAGCCCUUAAUCUGGCAGAUGAAAACACAGUUUCAGAAAUCUGGUUCAAUAUUGGGCAUGUUGCUAUGGGUAUAGGGGACAUGACAUUAGCAUACCAGGCAUUUAGACUGGCACUCUCUAACAACAACGAUCACGCGGAGGCUUAUAAUAAUCUUGGUGUUCUAGAAAUGAGAAAAGGACAUGUAGAUAUGGCAAGAGCAUUUUUCCAGGCAGCCUACGUAAUAGCUCCUCAUAUGUAUGAACCCCAUUAUAACUGGGCCCAACUCGCAGAUCAGCUGGGAGACCUACAGAGCAGUUAUAAUUCAGCCAAGAGAGCGGUAGAUGCUUUCAAAGAUCACGUGGACUCCAAGGACCUUCUCAAACAAUUACAGCAUCAUUUCCAGUUAUUGUGAUGAAAAUUUUCAAUAAAUAGAAAUCUUACAGUUAUAUUUUCAAACUGAUUGUAAGGCAGCGAUGUAUUUUUUUUAAGUCAGUGUUACUGAAAUGUUGAAGUAUGAUGAAUGAAGGUUUACAUUCCUUUUUGAAAUGAAACAGUAAUUGCUUGAUUGUUUUGAUUAAAAGAUGUGAAUGUAAUAUAAAAAAAUGGUUCUGUUACUGGCAUUUUGUCUGAAAAGAACAUAAGAAUAAAUGUGUUCAUAUGCUUUAUGUAUUUAUAUAUACAUUUUUAUUGUCCCCUAACUGUGUUUUACCUGAUGGCACUUAUGGUUUGCUCCCAGUCACACAAAGUGGGAUCCUGUGAUAAUUUCAGAAGUACAAGAUCUGUUUAUGCCCCCCUUCAAAGAAUAUUGGAUAUGUUGUUUUGCUCAUUGUUUGACCCUUUGUCUGUCUGUCAGUUGGUCAGCAAACCGUUUGACCAAUUACUACAGAAUGCAUGAGCAUACUGUAGUCAAACUUAAUAGGAU